UCUGCGGGCGGCGCCUCGGGGAGGAGGGGAGCUGGGAGGGUGUCAGUCCGGCCAGCCCCCGUCCCUGGCCAGCCCCCAGUCUAGGUCUCCGGCCGCCGAGCCCGCCCUCGCCCUUGGGAAUCCUUGGCUGUCCAGACUGAAGGGAAGAAGGCGCCGGAGAGCCCGCUCCGCAUUUUGAUUCAUCUUGGGCCUUUCUACAGAUCAGAAUCCCAAGAAAAUCAGAUGGCAUCUGGGGACUUCUGCUCACCUGGAGAAGGGAAGGAAAUACUCCAACAAGUGUGCAGCAAACAGCUUCCUCCUUGUAACCUGAGUGAAGAGGACCUGUUGCAGAACCCACACUUCAGCAAACUGCUGCUGAGUCUCUCACAACAUGUGGAUAAGAGUGGCUUAAGCCUCACCCUGGCGAAGGAGCAGGCUCAGGCAUGGAAGGAAGUUCGACUGCAUAAGACAACAUGGUUGAGGUCUGAGAUUUUACAAAGGGUCAUUCAAGAGUUGCUUAUAGACUACUAUGUGAAGAGACAAGACACAAAUUUAACAUCUGAGGACAAAAAGUUUCAUGAGACCCUUGAACAGCGACUACUUGUGACUGAACUGACACGGCUUUUGGGCCCUAGCCGGGAGAGGGAGAUGCCUCCACUGCUAGGGCUGGAGAAAGAGGACCUUCUGGAACUCAUGCCUCCCUCAGAGGAUUUUGUGUGGAUGAGAGCUCGACUCCUGCUGGAAGUAGAGGAACAGCUCAAAAAGAAGUGUUUUACUCUGCUCUGCUACCAUAAUCCCAAUUCAGAUUCAGACAGUGAAACUCUGAAGGCAGCAAAGGUAUGGAAACUGGCAGAGGUCCUGAUGGGUGAGAAGCAGCAGUGCCAGGAUGCAAAGAGCCAACAGAAGGAGCAGAUGGUGCUGCUGGAGAAGAAGAGUGCCGCGUACUCCCAGGUGCUUCUCCGCUGCCUCUCCUUGCUUCAACGGCUUCUUCAGGAGCACCGGCUGAAAACUCAGUCUGAACUAGACCGCAUCAAUGCCCAGUACCUGGAGAUCAAGUGCUGUGCCAUGAUCCUUAAGCUGAGGAUGGAGGAGCUAAAGAUUUUGUCUGACACUUACACUGCUGAGAAAGUGGAAGUUCAUCGUCUCAUUAGGGACCGUUUGGAGGGGACCAUUCACCUACAAGAACAGGACAUGGAGAAGUCCAGACAGGUCCUGAACACCUAUGAGGUCCUCGGGGAAGAGUUUGACAGGCUGGUAAAAGAGUACACCCACCUCAAGCAGGCAACUGAGAACAAACGCUGGGCCCUUCAGGAGGUCAACAAGGCUUAUCGCUGAGUGUUGGGGGUGCUGGAGAAUGGCUUCUGCACAGGGGCUGCCUUCUCUUCGUGCUAAAAACAACCCCACCUGAGGCCACCCUCACUCAAGGCAGUGUGGGGACACUUGUUUGAAACACUGCAGUCAUUUAUGCACCUUCCUGGUUUCUAUUCCAUUUUCACAGUGACUGAGUCUCUUCUGGAAAAUGUAACAGAUUGAUGUAAUUUUAUGUAUAGCUAUUUGUCAGUGUCAGCCCUUUAUUGUAUUUGAUUAUCUCCUGAAUAAAAUGGUGAUAUU